CCUCUCCUGCCCCUGCUGUGACAUUCUGAAGCCUGGUGAUAUAAACAUUGACCACGUGCUCCUCCCCACCAACACUUCCUGUUCUUGUGAUCACGUGUCCCCGGACGUCCGCUGUCAGUGCCGGAAGUGGGGAGCAGCUGUCUUGGGUCAUCACUAGAAUCAGGAUUAGACGCUUCCUGUUAAGCCAAAAUCCAGCGAGAGAUGACGGGUAACGGAGCGAACGACCCGAGGAGACCGGGGAAAAUAAACCGGUACAAAGCCCCAACCACAGAGAGCUCCCCUACUCUAGAUGAUCCUACACCGGAUUAUAUGAACCUGCUGGGGAUGAUAUUCAGUAUGUGUGGCCUCAUGCUUAAGCUGAAGUGGUGUGCAUGGAUUGCAGUGUAUUGCUCCUUUAUCAGUUUCGCCAAUUCUCGCAGCUCCGAAGACACAAAGCAAAUGAUGAGCAGCUUUAUGUUAUCCAUCUCUGCUGUAGUAAUGUCUUAUCUACAGAACCCACAGCCCAUGUCACCUCCCUGGUAGGACUAUUCAUCCGGGGAAUCUAUACUGUCUGUCAGGCCCCAGGUUUGGGGGUCUUUUCUCAAUAAAUAGACUGAUUCCGGAGAUAUUUGAGUCUGUGAAGGAGUCUUUGCUGCUGCUCUCAA